AUGCAUAUCCAAUUAAGUUUAAUUUUACGAUUGCUAUGUACGUGCUGUGGGGUGGCUACCUCAGUUCCACACCCAAAAAUUGUCAAGAAAUACACCAAGAGAUUCAAGAGACAUCAUUCCGACAGAUACCACAGAGUCGCCGAAAACUGGAGAAAGCAAAAGGGUAUCGACUCAUGUGUCCGUAGAAGAUUCAGAGGUACCAUUCCUCAACCAAACAUUGGUUAUGGAUCCAACAAAAAGACCAAAUACAUGACUCCAUCAGGACACAAGGUGUUUGUUGUCAAGAACUUGAAGGAUUUGGAUGUUUUGGUUAUGCACACCAAGACUUAUGCUGCUGAAAUUGCUCAUAACGUUUCGGCUAAGAAUAGAGUUGAUAUUGUUUCUAAAGCCAAGAAGAUUGGUGUUAAGGUCACUAAUCCAAAGGGUAGAGUUUCUUUGGAAGCUUAA